AUGUCCUCACAAGCCAACGUUUAUGAAGGGAUCUGGACCGAUUGGUCGUCGAGCUCAACUUCCUACAAUACGCUCACUCUCAAGACGAUAUGGGGAGGCUUCCUUGUCGCUUUUCUAGCAAUGUAUGUUAGACUUGCUGGCUCAGCAUUCUGGGAUAUCGUGCGCUUUGUUGCUCAUCAAAUCGGAGCAAAGCGAAAGGACCACGACGAAGAGGCCCCUUUCCUCCAACAGCAAGCGAUUCUUCGAAAUACCGGUACUCCCAUAGGUGCCAGCUGGAAGCUUGUUCAGACUGCCUUGACCUGGAAGAAGAUGAAACCCGCCAGCUCUAAACGCGCAUGGAAGCUCAUAGUCAUGGCAUCUAUCCACAGCCUGGUCUUUGUCGCAGCUGGGCUAUUUUCAUCUCGAGUCACCAAACCUGGAAGACAGGACGUCUUGAUUGCAAAUGGAAACUGUGGUGUGUGGGGAUUCCCUAGCUCGACUGUUGCUGGAAAUGAGGGUUGGCAAACAAAAGUUCUCAACGAUGGUAACACCGCCGCAGCUUAUGCUAGAAACUGUUACNAGGACGGAAACAGCCUGCUAGGCUGUGGGUUGUACGUCAAAGACAACCUGACCUGGACCAUUAACACAAACGAGACAUGCCCAUUUGCAGCUGGAAUGUGCAUUGGCGGAAACACAGCUGCAUACAGCAUGGAUACAGGUGCCCUAGAUUCUUUGGAGGACUUUGGACUCAACACANAAGAGAGCUUGAAAUAUCGUCUCAAAAGGACAUGUGCACCGUUGCACACGAAAGGAUUCGAACGCUUAGAAACCCUCGAAACGCCAGACGCUGGUGAUUUGAAAGUCGACAAUAUUUACUUUGGUUCUAACGCUGGGGGAGCAGUCAAUUUCACCAACCAGUAUGUUGUUGAAUCUGUUCGCGUAGGAAUUGGAUAUGGAGUGUUGGCCGACAUGGCUUAUCCCAGGCAAUUCAACUCAUGGGCGCCCAUCGCCGAGCUAAACCGAACCGAUGCAGAUGUUUCUGUCAUUUUCAUCAACCAGAACUCGAUCAAAUACAACGAACCGGUUGACGACCCCGUUNUUUCCGCACACAUAGCAAGAGAGAUCUCGCUAGGUAGCGCUUCAAUACCCUAUUACCUUGGGGAUUACUUCACCAGCGUCAUAGGUUGUACCGACCAGGUCCAGAUAUGCACCUCAACGCAAUGCUCCCAAUUGGCAGACUACAACUCGGUGAUCGAGAGCCUUGAUUAUCUAUCCUUAACCGACACUCAGAAAGCAGUUGCUCAACGGUUCACCAACAACAUGAUGUUCCAAAACGCCUACAAUUCAGUCAAUGGGCGUGGUGGGCCGGCACUCCGCGCAAACGAGCUAGUGUCAGUCCUCCAGUCGCCGGCCCUACCCAACAACCAGUGGCAGAUCGAAGUCGACGGCUGGUUCGGCGUUACUCUCGCACGCAUGCAACAGAUGAUAGUCGAAUACGCUGCAGGACCUUCAAACAUGCCUCUGGGCGGCUACAUUCAAGCGCCCUUGAUGGGCUCCGACCACGACCUCUGCGCAGCACAANAAAUAAAAGGCAGCAACACACACCAAAACUUUAACUUCAUCGCUGUGCUAGUCGUUGUUGGCAUCUGCAGCGUGAUCAUCUUGCUGGGCUUCUUCGUCGACACUUGCGUGGGCUGGUGCCAGGGCCGCAGANGCUAUCCCAAGCAAGCUUGGAAAUUGGACAAUUUUCUCCAGUUGCACCGUAUGGCGCAGGAAGGUGCUGGAUAUGGUCGCUGGGAGAAAACACAAGAGACUGUGCCCAGAUUGCGAGAGGACGAGUCGCUACUGCUGGGUCAGUAUAUAGCUGAUGAGAAGGGACAUGCUACAAUCGAGAGCCGAGCGACGAAUCUACAAACGCACGUCAAGGAAAGCGAAAAUAUGCUGGAUUCUGAGAGCGCGCUU